GUCUCGAUCCUCCUCAACUCUCAGUCCACCCCACCAUCGUCGAGCUCUCUCUCUUUCUUUGCUCUUCUGUCCACUCCACCGCAGUCUCUGAUUGACGAUCGAGCAUUCGAGCUAGCUCAGUCAUCAUCAUCUGAUCCGAUCGAUCCAGAUAUGGACAUGCCCAUGGCCAUGGUGAGCUUCGAUGAGGACCUGGACCAGAUGCUGCUGGCAACCAUUAGCCCCGCCGGGAGCUCGGCGACGUCGUCGUCCGCGCCCGCCGCCGCCGCAGCACCACCACCCGUCGUCGCAGGCAGCAGCAGCGACGACGACGAGGCCGCCGCCGUCGCCGUCGGCGCCGACCUCCGGAGGGGCCCCUGGACGGUGGACGAGGACAUCCUCCUCGUCAACUACAUCGCCGCCCACGGCGAGGGUCGCUGGAACUCGCUCGCCCGCUCUGCAGGCCUGAAGCGCACGGGCAAGAGCUGCCGGCUCCGGUGGCUCAACUACCUCCGGCCCGACGUGCGGCGAGGCAACAUCACCGCCGAGGAGCAGCUGCUGAUCCUGGACCUGCACUCGCGCUGGGGCAACCGGUGGUCCAAGAUCGCGCAGCACCUCCCCGGCCGCACCGACAACGAGAUCAAGAACUACUGGCGCACCCGCGUGCAGAAGCACGCCAGGCACCUCCGCUGCGACGUCAACAGCGCCGGCUUCCGCCACGUCGUGCGGCACGUCUGGAUGCCGCGCCUCCGAGAGCGCGUCCAGGCCGCCGCCGGUCGCGACGACCAGAUGGUGGCCACUGCCGGAUCCGGAUGUGGUGGCGUACAGCAGCAGCAGCAGCAGCAGGCGGCUCCGGCGGCGUCCCUGGCCGCCGUCGUCCAAGCGCCGGCGGCGACCAGCACGGCCAGCGCCCCGCCCGCGUACUGUUAUGAUUACUACGGGCGUCAACACCUGGUGGAGCAGCAGCAGCAAGGCGACCACCACGGCGUGCCGCCGGCACCGAGCGAAGCUCACCGCCGCCGCCAAUACUACAGCGAGACAGCAGCAGGCCAGACGGCGGCGGCAACGGCCCUGAGCCCCGACGAUGCCUCCAGCGCGCUGCGGGUACCGUCGACGUUCACGGCGGACGACGCGUCGACGCAUUACGCUGCAGCUUACACCUCGGUGGCCAUGGCGACCUCGACGAACGACCAAGGCUGCGGGCCAACGACGAUUGAAGACGAGGUGCUCGCCGGGACGACCUGGUCGGAGCUUCUCGCCACCGUCACCGGCGGCCCUCACGACGACUCCAGCUCCAUGGACAUGAUCGGCCUGCCUGAGUUUGGGUUCGGGGAUCUCGAGGACAGGGACGGCCUCUGGAGCCUGGACGACCUUUGCUUACAGCAGCUGUGCUGAGCUCACCUGCUGAUGCAUACUAUCACCAAUUCACCAUGCACGCACACCCCAGCUAGAGUAAUCGACAAGCGAGUCACUGAGUGAAGAACAAUAAUUAUAAUACAUACAGCAUACAUGUGCAAUAUUGUCGGAGAAAAAAUAUAUACAAGACAAGGAGCACACUCACAGCAGCAAAGAAAUCAGCAAGUAAAAACUAUAGUUCAUAGCUAGAUUGGUCCAUAUUAGUAGGAUGACCAAUUCGAAACAUGUGCAUACAUAUAUGUCCUCUAGUUUAGUUUUCCCUAUAUACUAGCUACGAGUCUAGGAGGUUUUUUUUUUUGUAUGUUUCCAGCUUCAGUUAAUUUGCGUGUGUCCAUAUAGAGUUUGCAAAAUUUGCAUCCGUUUCCUUGUUGCCCUCGGCGUCCUCAACUGUAAAGAAAUUCAUUG